AUGGGCGAGCUGUCAUUCCGGCCGAAGGCGGCUCAUCGAUUUGGCGUGUCCCGAGCGAUAGAAAGCCAGAGCGCCGAGCGUCCGACAAAUUCAGGGCUAAACGAGGUCACGACGAAUCACUAUCUCGCACACUUCACACUCGGUAUGCGUGGCAAGCUCCUCCAGCUUCCCGGCCCGACGACACAUACACUGCGCACUAUAUCGCGGCCUGAAUUUAAAAAUAUUAUUUUAUCCGUCGGCUUGCGAGCUGCGACUAGCGAGCUUGUAUGGCGACGGCCGCGUACUAGAAAAGAUGUAACUGGUCGGCUUCGCUGCCGCGGCACCUCGCUCGGCCGCCGUCGGCCGUCUCCGCGCACACUCGGCUCAAUGAGAAUGAUUACGAGAGGUGACGUCACGCAGCCCCUCCCCCGGCCCCCCCGCCGAGCUCCGGCCAUGCGCGGUCUGGGUGCACCUGCACCCGCUCAGGCCCUACUACGUGAUCUCGAUGGUCGUAUUAUACAUAUUUAUAAAAUGCAUUAUAUUACAUUAUAUGUGAAACUAUCUUACGACGAUGCGACACAAUACGUAUUAGUU